AUGGCACCUAAAGGAAAGAAGGCGGCUCCCCAGCAGAAAGAGACAAAGUCAGAUGGAAAGAAUGCACCCGAGGAUGCAGAGGUGGAGGCAGUGCUGGAGCAGGGAGACCGCGAAGCUGAGCAAACCAUGAAAGCAGAGGAGAAGAAGGACCAGGAAUUCAAGCCUGGCGAGGAGGACGCAGCAGCAGAGGAGGAAGCCGAGGCUGAUGCUGAGGCUGAGGAGGCUGGUGAGGGCGAGGAGGAGAUGGAUGACAAGGCAAUAGCAGAAGCAGAGAAGGCGGAUGCUGCCGAGCUGGGGGAAGGUGCAGAGGAGGAAGAUGAGGGCGUGGAGGCUGACGAGGAUGCCGCUGCCGACGAGGAUGAUGAGGAGGAAUUUGAUGCUGAGGAUGAAGAGGAUGCUGAGGAUGAUGAUGAGGAGGAAGAAGAGGAGGAAGAAGAGAAGCCAGCCAAGAAGAAGACGGCUCCCAAGAAGCCUGCCGCCAAGGCUGCAGCACCCAAGGCCAAUGGAAAGGCCAAUGGUGGCAAGAAGGGCACUGAGGGCAAGAAGGCCGGCGGCAAGGCUGGCGGUGCCAAGUCAGCUGCGAGGCCGCAGGCGGACAGACAGGCGGCUGCUAAGAAAGCAGCUGAGACCAGAAAGAGGAAGGCAGCAGCUGCUGGCGGCAACGGCUCUAAGAAGAAAGCAGCUGCAGCAGAGUGAUGCAAGCACCCAGGCUAUCAGCGUUAAGCUGCCUUACAAGGAACGAGUGUUUGCCAGAGCUUGGCAUACUCUUGUUCAAAAGAAUGCUGACACUUAUGGUGAUGCCGUAAUUUGCAAAUCUCUGAAAUGAUAAGCAUGGGUUGAUAAUUAUCUUGUUGGACGCCUUCUGCAGUCAAUGGACCUUUAUGCAUAUAUCACAUGACUACCUGACCUGCAUCAAUCAUAUUUUGGGUGGAACCAAAUAUUCAAUAUAUGAUAUACAUUGUUGUGUUUAAUACCCCAAGUCUGUUUACAAUGUAACUAUAUUUUUUGUGC